CCCGGUGAAAUAUAUCGAAAAUGUUGCCGCCAAACUUUAUCUCUUCCCUCUCCCUCCCCUCACUCAAGGCCAAAAUUUCAGUGUAAAUUCCCAAUAAUACCCUUCACCUUCCUCAACAAGCUCCUUCCAAAAAUUAGAUUCCCGAACAAGCUUUUUUCAUGACGAAACAACACAAAAAUUUUCAAACGUUUUCAAUUUUUCCCUCCUCUCUAAAAUUUUCCCUCUCCUCUUCUAAAAUCUAAAACCCUUUCAAUUCCCAACUAUAAAUAAACUCAUCACUAGAUCCCAUAAAACUUACACCAUUCAAUCAUAAACCUAUCUCUUUCAAUCACACAUCUCAUCCCUUCAAUCAAAAGAUCAAAAGAUGCCUUCGAUGCAAGAAGAGCCGCUUCUAACACCAACCCCAGACAGAUUCUGUAUGUUCCCAAUCCACUACCCACAGAUCUGGGAGAUGUACAAGAAAGCCGAAGCAUCCUUCUGGACCGCCGAAGAAGUAGAUCUAUCUCAAGACAACCGCGACUGGGAGAACAGCCUCAACGACGGCGAACGCCACUUCAUCAAACACGUCCUCGCCUUCUUUGCCGCGUCAGACGGAAUCGUGCUAGAGAAUCUCGCCUCACGUUUCAUGUCCGAUGUCCAAGUCUCGGAGGCGCGUGCCUUCUACGGAUUCCAGAUCGCGAUUGAGAACAUCCACUCCGAGAUGUACAGUCUCCUCCUCGAUACUUACAUCAAAGACAACAAAGAGAGAGACCAUCUCUUCCGCGCGAUUGAAACCAUCCCUUGCGUCGCGAAGAAAGCUCAGUGGGCGAUGAAAUGGAUCGAAGGAUCUCAGACCUUCGCUGAACGAAUCAUAGCUUUCGCUUGCGUCGAAGGUAUCUUCUUCUCCGGAAGCUUCUGCUCAAUCUUCUGGCUUAAGAAACGAGGACUCAUGCCUGGCCUUACUUUCUCAAACGAACUGAUCUCGCGUGACGAAGGUCUACACUGCGACUUCGCGUGCCUUCUCUACACGCUCCUCAACACGAAGCUCAGCGAAGAGCGCGUGAAGUCUAUCGUGUGCGACGCGGUGGAGAUCGAGAGGGAGUUUGUGUGCGACGCGCUUCCGUGCGCGUUGGUUGGGAUGAACCGUGAUUUGAUGAGUCAGUAUAUUGAGUUUGUAGCGGAUAGGCUUUUGGGUGCGCUUGGCUACGGGAAGGUGUACGGUGUGAGUAACCCUUUUGAUUGGAUGGAACUUAUCUCGCUUCAAGGGAAGACUAACUUCUUCGAGAAACGCGUUGGCGAUUACCAAAAGGCUUCCGUUAUGUCUAGCGUUAACGGCAACGGCGCGUUUGAUAAUCACGUCUUCUCUCUCGACGAGGAUUUUUAAGCAGCUUUUUUUAUUUUAUUUAAUAUAAUUAUUAUUACGGUUCUACCCUUGUAAUAUAAUCACUUUUAAUUUAAUUAAAAAGUUACUUUUUUCUACUCUAUCCUUGUAUAAUUAUCUUUUAUUAUCCUCUUUUUUAAAUAAAUAUAGUUCCCUUUGAUUCAGGGGUGAACUUAAUUACA